GAAUAAUCCCCACCCUCGUUACCGGCGGUGACGCCGCGCGCGGUGACGCCCGAGAGCGCAGGAGGGAACGGGAGCGGCCGGCGCCAUGUGCGACUUCUCGGAGGAGCAGACCGCGGAGUUCAAGGAGGCAUUCCAGCUGUUUGACCGCACGGGCGAUGGGAAGAUCCUGUACAGCCAGUGCGGGGACGUGAUGCGAGCGCUGGGCCAGAACCCCACCAACGCUGAGGUCAUGAAGGUGCUGGGCAACCCCAAGAGCGAUGAGAUGAACGUGAAGACGCUGAGUUUCGAGCAGUUCCUGCCCAUGAUGCAAACGAUCGCCAAGAACAAGGACCAGGGGUGCUUCGAGGACUACGUGGAGGGGCUGAGGGUCUUCGACAAAGAGGGCAAUGGCACCGUCAUGGGCGCCGAGAUCCGCCAUGUCCUCGUCACCCUGGGUGAGAAGAUGACGGAGGAGGAGGUGGAGCAGCUCGUGGCCGGGCACGAGGACAGCAAUGGCUGCAUCAACUACGAAGCGUUUGUGAGACACAUCUUGUCAGGGUGACGCCGCAGGGAGCUGGUCCGGAUGGUGCUGAGUGGCUGAAGACUCCCCCGUCCUCCUGUGCCCCUCCCCUCCACUCAGUUUUGUGCCUUUUUCCUCAUUUUCCUGCCACCACCGCCACCACAUCCCCACUGCCCCCGUGUCCCAACCGCUCCCCUAACGCCCCCGGCCCUCCCUCGGCCCCAUCGGCUAAAUUAUUGCUCCACAGCAUCAAAUAAAAGUCUCAGAACGUUGAAUGUGA